GCCGUUUCUGCUCCCAGCGCGCCGCGCCGGCAUGGCGGCGGGCAGCCCCGCGCCUCCCGCCCGCGAGCUGGCGGUGCCGGAGCCGGGCCCGGGGCUGGAGCAGCUGGUGGAGGCGCUGGAGCUGCUGCUGCUGCCGCCCGCCGGCCCCGCCGAGCCCGGCCCGGAGGCCCCGCUGCCACCGGAGACGCUGCGCAGCAACGCGGCGGCGCUGGAGGAGCGGCUGCGGCGGGCGCCGGGCUGGGCGGGGCUGCGCGGGCUGCGCCUGGCCGUGCUGGCCCGGGCCCCCGCGCUGGCGGCCGGGGCGGCGGCGGCCGAGCCGGGCUGGGCGGCUGCGUGCGGGCUGCUGGCGCUGCUGCUGUGCCUGCGGGACCGCCUGCUCGCUCUGGCCGGCGCCGCCCCCGCCGCCCGCCGGGCCGGGCCCGAGGCUGCGCCCGCGCCCGCGGCCGACACGCUGAGCGUGGCCCAGAGCCGGGCGGUGGGGCGGGCGCUGCGGGCCGCCCUGGGGCUGGGCUUGGUGCCCUACCUGCCGCCGGGCGUGGGGCAGCGCCCGGGACCCCCCGCCCCGGCCCCGCCGGCCGCGUCCGGGGCCCGGCUCUACGCGGCCGCAACCACCCUGGCCGAGCUGGCCCAGCACCCCGCGCUGGGUCCCCUGCUCCUCACCCGCCACCUCGGCCUCCUCCUCGCCAGCCUCUGCCUGCUGGGCCACGGCCCCGCCGCCCGCUGCCAGGGUGUUUCGGAAGCGGAGCGAGCGCGGUGCCGGGAGACCCUGCGGCACAUCCUAGACCAGGUCUACCAGCCGCUGGCGGUGCGGGAACUGCUCGUCCUGCAGGGACGGCCCAAGCAGAGUCCUCCCUCUCCUGGGGAAGAAACAAAGCCGGCCCUGGCGCCAGCUCCGGCCUGGCUGCGGCGCCUUUGUGGUCAGCUGCUCUCCGAGAGGCUGAUGAGACCCAACGGGGUCCAGGCUGUGGUUCGGGGCAUCAUGGAGGGAACAGGCGCAGGUGGUGCUGGUGCUGAAGCAGCAGCUGUGGACUGGAGAAAAUGCGAUGCGGUGGCAAAGAUCCUGGCGUCCUGCCCGCAGCAGUGCCUUUCCCUCAAGGACUACUACUGCCUGGUGUGCCCCCAGAUUCUGGACAUGCUGCACAUCCAGGACAAGCUGACAGCACGCCAGUUGCAGCGCGUGGCCACCAGCACUCUGCUCACCAUGGCGAGGGGGCAGCCUGGGCUGGCAGAGCAGCACCUGCUCCGGCCCCUCCUGGAGCCGCUGCUGCGCUGCUCCGCGCCCGCAGAGCUGGCAGUGGGGGACUUCCCAGCGGGGACUGUGCUGGUGACAGAGGCAGAGCUGGGCAGCUGUGUGGAAGACGUGCUCAAGGUGUAUGUGGUUGGGAAUGACAGCUCGAGCCUGCUGCUGGGAUCCUUACAGUCAGUCCUGGGAGUGGUUUUUUCCCUCUAUUCCUUCGCCAAGCAGAAUGUGUCAUACUUACGCUCUCUGUGCCAGGAGAUCCUGCUGUGGUUCUUGGAGAAGUCGGAGCGAGAGGCGUCGCUGGCCGUGCUGGAAGGCCUCGUGGGGCUGCGCGGCAGCGUGUCCGCCCUGCACCCGCGGUGCCGCUUCCGCCUGGGCAGCGAGGGUGGUGCCGCCAUCGUGGUGGAGGAGACCAUCAGUGAUGAAGAUGAGGCCCUCUACCAGAAGGUUUCCUCAGAACAGUGCCGUGUGGAGAACUUGGUGGAGCUCCUGUCUCACUGCCAGGAGAGUGGUCUAGCUGGAGACUUCUUCAUCCGCUGCUUGAAGGCGCUGACCCACGUGGCUGUGGAGGACGAGGCAGCUGCGGAAUCUGCUGCGGAGCCUGGAGGGAGUCUUCUGGAGCUGGAGCAGUACCGUGCCAGGCAGGGGAGGAAGCUGCUGGUCCUGCAGCUCGUGGCCACGCUGUGUGAGAGCGUCUCAGACACCGUGUUCACAGACAUUGCUCAGGUGGAGGAGUUUGUGGCAGCCACACUGCAGCGGGCCUGCCUCAGCCCAGCACGGGGGCCCGGCGCGGCGGCGGAGGCGCAGACCCUCGCCAUGGCCAUGGGGCUGGUGGCCGCCAUGCUCGGCGGAGCCGUCCAGCUGCAAUCCAGUGACUUUGCCGUGCUGAAGCGGCUGGUGCCGUUGCUGGAGGAGCUCUCCCAGACCUACCCUGAGCCCCUCACCCAGGAGCUGGCCACAGACCUGCGUGUGGCCAUCUGCACCCACGGGGCCGUCACUCCCGGCACGCUGGGCGCUGCUGCUGGCAGUGUGCUAGGCAAGAAACCAGGCACGGGAGCACAGAGUCCUGCUGGCAGUCCUGGUGGAGCCCCGAGCCCAGGAGGUGGCCGGGCACCAUCACGGCACAGCCGCAGCAGUCCCUCAGCUCCCAGGGAGAAGAGCGAAGAGCAGAGCUUGAGCUGUGAGCCCUGCGCCGUGGGCCCUGCUCCAGCCCCAUGCACUGACAGCCUGGCUCCUGUGGGGCUCCAGGAGCUCCUGGUGUCAGCCUAUGACCCCCAGCCCUCCGGCCGGGCAGCCGCUCUGCGCCACCUCGCCAGGCUCAUCACCCAGCGGGAUCCGGAGGCUCUUCGGCUUCAGGAAAAACUCCUCCAGGUGUUCCUGGAGAACGUGCAGCACGAGGAUGCCUUUGUCUACCUCUCGGCCAUCCAAGGUGUUGCCCUGCUCUCCAGCAAAUACCCAGAGCAGAUUCUGCCUGUCCUGCUGGCACAGUACGAGUGCCCAGCACAGGGCACAGAGGACACCACGGCCACUGUCACCAGGAUGAAGCUGGGUGAGGUGCUGAUGCGUGUCAUCCAGGCACUGGGGGACAUGGUGUUCAAGCACCGGGAGCCGCUGGUGCGGGCCCUCCUGCGGGGCGCGCGGGCCCCUGACAGCUCCCUGCGGGCCAGCAGCCUCUCCAACCUGGGCGAGCUCUGCCAGCGCCUCGGCUUCCAGCUGGGCUCCAUCGUCCAGGAGGUCACCUCCUGCUUGACAGCCAUAGCCAAGAGAGACCCUGAGGCAGAGGUGCGACGAGCUGCUGUGCAUGUGGUGGUUCUGCUGCUGCGGGGGCUCAGUGAAAAGGCCACUGAGGUGCUGCAGGACGUCCUGCGGGACCUUUACCGCCUGCUGAAGCACGUGGUGGUGGCCGAGCCCGACGGCACAACGGUGCUGCACGCCCAGCUGGCGCUGGAGGAGCUGGACACUGUGAUGAGGAGGGUCCUCUUCCCCCCCCAGACACUGGAGAAAAAGAUCGUGGUGCUGCCGUAGCGGGGACAUGGCAAUGAACUCUUUUUGCUCUGGCACUGGGGACACGCGGCUCCCCUCAGGGACGAGUUCGCUGUGCUCCUGGGAAUGCCACCCAUGGGUGCUAAGCUGGGGAGGAAACUGCAGUCCCCCGUGCUCCCCAGGGCAGAGGGUCUUGCUGGGACAGGGGAUUAAACAGAGACAUGCUGA